GCUGUGGACGGACUUCCGACUCCGGGGCCACGUGAGGAUACCAGCUGCUUGCCGACAUGAAGGGGAAGGUUCCUGAAAAGAGCAGCCUUCUGGCAUUGAGCCAACAGGAAGAAGUAGUGGAUUUACUUAAAGACUACCCGCUGAGUGCUAGUGAAGAUGAGGAGGACAAUGAUGGAGAGAGGAAACAUCGAAAGCUCCUGGAGACCAUUGGUUGCCUGGAUGGAAAGAACAGGCAGAGAUUGGCCGAGCGGUCUGAGGCCAGUCUGCAGGUGUCCGAGUUCAGUGUCAGCACUGAAGGGACAGGGGAGAAGCUGGAACUGGCAGAGCUGCUGGCACCCGUCAAGCCUUCCUCCUCGCUGGGCACCGUGAAGAACCAGCUGAAGAAGGUCAGAAAAAAGAAGACUGUGGAGUUACCCCUUAGCAAAGAGGAGAAUGAACGGAUCCACAGGGAAGCUGCCUACAACAAAACCUCCCAAGACAUGGACAAGUGGGACCCAGUAGUCUUGAAGAACCGGAGGGCAGCCCAGCUAGUGUUUCCUCUGGAGCAGGAGCAAGUACUAGAUGCCCCUAUCGAGGAGGUGCUCGGGGCCUGGAAGGCAAGAACUCCCCUGGAACAGGAAGUUUUUAACCUCCUCCACAAGAACAAGCAGCCUCUGACCGACCCUUUAUUGACGCCUGUGGAAAAGGCCUCCCUGAAAGCCAUGAGCCUGGAGGAGGCCAAGCAGCGCCGAGCAGAGCUCCAGAAAGCCCGGGCCCUGCAGUCCUACUAUGAGGCCAAGGCUCGAAGAGAGAAGAAAAUCAAAAGCAAAAAGUUUCAGAAAGUGCUCAAGAAAAGAAAGGCCAAGGAGGUUCUCAGGCAGUUUGAAGAGUUGCGGAAGGUCAAUCCCACCGCAGCCUUGGAAGAGCUGGAAAAAAUGGAAAAGGCCAGGAUGGAGGAGCGAAUGAGCCUCAAGCACCAGAACAGUGGGAAAUGGGCCAAGUCAAAGGCUAUUAUGGCCAAGUAUGACCUGGAGGCCCGUAAGGCAAUGCAGCAACAGUUGACCAAGAACAGAGAGCUGACCCAGAAACUUCAGGCGCCCUCUGACAGUGAGCACGAUGAAGAUGCUGAAGAAGACAGCGCGCUCAUCCCUGACGUUGUGAAUGAAGCGCAGAUGAGCAUCAAUGGACCAAACCCCUGGAUGCAGAAGAAUCGUGGGGUCAACACCCAGGCCUCUCACAUCCAGAAGAAACCUGUUGCCAGAGAAGAGUCUGAGCCUGAGGAGGAAGAAAAGGCCGGGGCAGAGGACGAUGCUUUGCUGCAGGAGGUGGAAGAGAGGCGGUCCCUUCGGAAAGGGUCAGAGGUCAACCAGGGGUCACAGAAGCAAGGACACAGAACAAAAGCACCCAGGAGGACGGAGGAGGACGAGGAGGUGUUAGCUGAACUGAGGACACUCUCUAAGCAUAUAAACAAGAAGGCCAACAAAAUGAGGCAAGAUGGAGAACAGCAUGUGAGCCCAGCUCCAGCUGCCCCCAAGGAGCCAAGCAUCCAGAGAGAGGAGCAGUCCUUGCUAGAUGAGAGGCCAGAGAGAGUACAGACCAUGGAGGACAUAGAGACUCUGGGCAUGGAAGAAGUUAGCCAAGAGCAGAAACAGCUUAGGCCUGGAGUGAAAAGGCGGUGGCAGCAGCAGCCGCAGCGGCAGCAUAACCUGGCUGAGCAAAGGAGUCCUCCCAAGAUGGAACAGGAGCCCAUGAUUGAUCUGCAUACCAUCAUCACUGGGAAGACCCACAAGGCAAACUUCGGUUUAUCAGUCCCCACCAUUGUAGACGAGGAGGACUGUGACAAAGAGGUAACCCAAAAGCAGAUAAUAAAGGAGGCCUUCGCUGGGGACGAUGUCAUCGCUGACUUCCAGAAGGAGAAACGUGAAGCUGAGAAAGCAAGCACGCCAAAAGAUAUUGACCUGAGCCUGCCAGGCUGGGGACAGUGGGGUGGUCCGGGCCUGGUGAUCAGUGCCAGGAAGAGACGCCGGUUUCUCAUCAAAGCCCCUAAAGCUGCUCCCAGGAAAGACAAGCAUUUGCCAAAUGUGGUCAUCAGCGAGAAGCGGAACAUCCAGGCCGUGGCCCACCAGGUGAAUGUGCUUCCGUUCCCGUUCACCCACCAGAAUCAGUUUGAAGAGACCAUCAAGAUGCCAGUGGGCACCACUUGGAACACUCCGAGGGCCUUCCAGAAGCUGACCGCUCCCCGCGUGGUGACCAAGCCUGGCCACAUCAUUGAGCCCAUAAAGGAGAAGGAUGUUGAGCCCUCUUCUUCCCACUUGGGCCCUCCAACCCUGCAGAGGAAAGGACAGCAGCAUGCCCACCCUAGGAGGAGAAGGCUGAAGAAAGCCCCUUAAGUCCUGUUGAUGGCCCCAGGGCCAGGAGAACUUGGUGUUGGGAAACAGUGCCCUGGGUGUGAUGAUGCCCUCCUUCUGGAAAUAAAGCAAACCUUCCAUAUCAA